CCAGCUCUCGGCACAACUCGGAGCGAGACCAACCCGAGCUAAACUCUAGCUUUCACCUGAAGAGCGAGGAGACGCCGAACUCCCCGAGAGACUCCCCUGACAACAGAUCGACUCGAUCGAGGAAAAGGAAGACUUACUCCCCUGACGGAAGAAUCUUUUUAUGCCCCUCAAGAUGCCCGCUGUGAAGAAAGCGAUUUUGCUGCCGCUCGUGUACGUCAUCUUCUGGAAUGCGGCUGCCGGUCAGGAGUGCGGCGGCCGGUGCUCGUGCCCCCCGACGCCCCCCGAGUGCGCCCCCGGCGUCAGCCUGGUGCCGGACGGCUGCGGCUGCUGCCGGGUGUGCGCCAAGCAGAUGGGCGAGCUGUGCACCGAGAGGGACGCCUGCGACACCCACAAGGGCCUCUACUGCGACUUUGGCUCGCCCAUCAACAGACGCAUUGGCGUGUGCACAGCGCGCGAGAGCGCCACCUGCGUGUUCGGAGGAAUGGUGUACAAGAGCGGCGAGAGCUUCCAGAGCAGCUGCAAGUACCAGUGCACGUGCCUGGACGGGGCGGUGGGCUGCGUGCCCCUGUGCGCCAUGGACGUGCGUCUGCCCAGCCCCGACUGCCCCGCCCCCCGACGCGUCAAGGUGCCCGGCAAGUGCUGCGAGGAGUGGGUGUGCGACGCCCCGCAGCACACCAACAGCUUCAUGGGCUCCGUUCUGCCCGCUUACCGCCAAGAGGAGACCUACGGCCCAGAUCCGUCCACGAUGAGGGAGAACUGCCUGGUUCAGACCACCGAGUGGAGCGCCUGCUCCAAGACCUGCGGCCUGGGCAUCUCCACCCGGGUCACCAACGACAACCGCGAGUGCCGCCUGGAGAAGCAGAGCCGGCUGUGCAUGGUGCGCCCCUGCGAGUCCCACCUGGAGCAGAGCAUCCGGAAAGGGAAAAAGUGCAUCCGCACGCCACGCCUCUCCAAGCCCAUGAAGUUCGAGAUCUCGGGCUGCACCACCACCAAGUCGUACCGUCCCAAGUUCUGCGGCGUGUGCCUGGACGGCCGCUGCUGCACCCCCCACCGGACCACCACGCUGCCCAUGGAGUUCAAGUGCCCCGACGGGCAGGUGAUGAAGAAGCACAUGAUGUUCAUCAAGUCGUGCGCCUGCCACCACAACUGCCCCGGCGAGAACGACAUCUUCGAGUCCAUGUACUACAAGAAGAUGAUGGGCGACAUGGCGUGAGGGCGCCCGCCCGCCGAGGGGCCGACACCGGCUUUUGUGACUUGAAAACAGAACUCAUCUCGCAGCUCCGUAUAUACACAAGCCUCAUUUUUGUGCUUGCUUUGUCGAAGUAGUCACGCACUUUUUGUGUCGUGUGUAUUUGUGCGUGCAGCUCUGUGCACUUUUUCAGACAGAGGGUGAGAUUCCUGCACUAAUAAUAUUGUGGAAAACACGCCCCGUCCAGUUUUUACUGUAUUUUUUAUUUUUAUUUUUUUCUUAAAUCUAAAUCUUGACCUCCCCUCUAAAUGAGGUGUACGAUGACUCCCCAGCCAACCAGACCUGCAAACGUAGCACACCACAGCGGGCCACUGUCCUAUAUGUGCGUGCGUGUGAGCGUGAGAGUGCGUGUGCAUGUGCGUGUGUGUGUGUUGAGCACAGGCCCGAAUGUGGGUCUUGUCCAAAGGUCAGCGUUUCCGUCCGGACGCGAGUGGGCGUGACCACGGCACUGAGAAGAAUGAAAGAUUACGAGACGAAUAAGAAGGGAAAAAAAAGGACUGGAAGAAUUGUUAGUUCAUUCCAAGAAGAAACAUGUAAAUGAUGUAUAUGUUUGUACAGUGUAAGUUAAUUUAAAAGCCUAAAUUGUUCUGUGCUUUUUCCAAAAAUGUAUCAAUUUUUUUUUUUUUUUUUCUUUUGGACAGCAGUAUUUUUUACUAUUUUAUUGAGCAGUGUGACAGAUUGUUACAUGUUUUGCCUUGUAGCUGGAAAUAAAAAAAAAAGUUAUAUUUUUUGAUACAAA